CUAAUAUUCUAAAUUUCUACCUCAACACUUCUUUAUAAUAUUAUUACUUUUUCUCCCAGUGUAGAAGAUGCUUCAAGAAAUGCACAUAAUUUUGGUUUUCUACUGCUGUCCCAUUAAGUUGCAUGAUGCAUGGCCUAAACACGCCCUACUGCAUACCUCCAAAUAAAGGACCAAGCAAGUACAAUCACAGAGAUAUGCUUCAGUUUCAAAAUCGGCACUUCCAGGACCAAUAAUUGCCUCCUCAUUUUAACAAUAUAUGUUAAUUAGAAAACAAAAAGUAAUUGAAUCUAAUUUCUUUUUGUUUAAGUUUCUAUACAGGUGGCAUGCUUCUAUGAGUAGUGAGGUUAGCUUAGAUAUGGUGGGACCCAACAAACAAGCACCGGCAAACAUGACUUCCAGCCUUAGGCUUGGAAAUGUUAAAGCAAAAAGAUAAAAAGUGAGAUCCAAAUAGAAUUAAGUGGCAGCUGGUUCCCAAGCAAAUUAUUGGAAGUGUGUAGUAUGAAAGCAAUCGAUGCCAUCUCUUUUCUUUUGUAACAUUGUGGAGGACACCCUGUGAUGAUGAAGACAAGGGUGGGAACUUUCUCAUCACUUUCCUCCUCAUGCCUCUCCUUCGACUUGGAGUCUUGCAUUCAUGCCCAUCACCAUCUGAGUCCAAUCUCUCACCUCCAGACUCCAUCCACGUCUAUAUAUACAAAGUCCCAUUGUUGCUCAUCUCCUUGCGUCUUCCCAUGAGAUUUGGGCUAUGGAUAUAGAUUCAUCUAUGCGUAAUGGUGACUGGGGUGGUAACCAAAGCUUGACCAGCCAAGAGCCUAAAUUGAUGGACAAAGACGGAGGGCAACCGACGAUCCACCCCUCCCUUCAACUUGAAUUGAAGCUACCAUGGUCGACCGAGACUGAGUCAGCAGGGGAUGAAGCCAAAUCUCGAGGUGGUGUAAAGGGGCCCACUGGGUCUGAUGACCCUUGUGAUGACACGAAGCCUUCACCUUCGGCUUCCCACCGCGUGAUAGCAGAGAGAGGUUCUCAGGGACGUCAUAAUGAUAGUGAAGGUGAUGGAGGCAGAGGAAGGAAGAAGCUAAGGCUAUCCAAAGAACAGUCUUGUUAUCUGGAAGAGUGCUUUAAGGAGCACACCACCCUGAACCCGAAACAAAAGCUUGCAAUAGCUAAGAGGCUAAAUCUCUUGCCCCGGCAAGUAGAAGUCUGGUUUCAAAACCGAAGAGCCCGAACAAAACUCAAGCAGAGCGAGGUGGACUACAAAUACUUGAUACAAUGGUGCGAGUAUCUAACCGAAGAGAACCGAAUGCUCCGCAAGGAAAUACAGGAGCUCAAAGCAUUCAAAUCCCCACUCCAGAAUGUUCAUCACUACAAACAGCAAACGAUGCUAACUAUGUGCCCCUCAUGUCAGCAUGCUAUUUUUCUUCAAAAAAUUGAUAGUUUCCAUGACACGGCAGACAGAGAGAAUCACCCUUGAUUGUUAUUAUGAACAGCAACUUUUGAUUAUACUGCUGGAGGCUGACACGAGACCCCGAGGAUGCUGUAACUUGGGAAAUGUCAGCCCUGCCUACUCAAGUUGAUGGACCAGGCUAGGAUGUUAUCAAGCUCGGCUGGUCGUAGGCUGAGUCGUUUGUACGGCAAUGCUUAGCCCAGCCAGGUUUUAGCAUGAAUACAUUUUAAUACAAUUUA